UUUAAAACGCCCUCUGUUUUUACGACAUAUUCUAAUAAUAAUCGUUAGUUCUAGUUUCGAUGAAGCGUGCUAAAAUUUGCUGCGUAUUAGUUAGGAAUUCGCAGAUUCGUGCGUGUACUAUAGGCUAAGUUCGUGCGUAGGAAAUGAGCUAACACUUCCAUAUGGUGUACAUUACAAGUUUUAAGUAACAUCCUGUGCACAGUCACGCAUGCACUCAUUAUAAAAGGCGACUUAAGAUAGCGUGCGAGAGAGUCAUUCCGCAACCGCUACGAUCAGAGGAUCAAUCUGCUACAAGCUACCUUUUGAGCUAUACUUUCUGCUGUGCGAGUCGUCACCAAAUGCAGCCAAUAGUCCUAUGCCCAAAAACAGAGCAAGUUAAACAAGGUGAAAGGGGCUUAAUUUCCUGCAAUGUCACUGGUGACCCAAAACCAAACAUCACAUGGACCAAGGAGACACAACCUGGUAAGGUCAUUUCUUACAAUUCAACUCUGGUGAUUGACAAUGCAAGCAUCUUUGAUGAAGAAAAGUACAACAUCACAGCCAACAAUGGAAGGAGUGCAAGUGUUCUGGUGGAGUUAGAAGUUAUUUUUCCUCCAUCAGUAGAAAUAUCAAAUAAAACAGCCACUGCAGUGGAGGGAGACAGGUUGAAUUUUACAUGUGCUGCAUCUGGCAAACCUGAGCCAAAGAUAACAUGGACCAAGGUUGGCAGUGCUGAGGUGAUAGCUCACACACCAUCAGUUUCGGUUAUUGUGGAAAGACUUUGGACACGAGAUAGCAUAAAUCAGUAUCGCUGUACAGCCAGUAAUGGAGUGGGUAUACCUGCUACAGCAACAGUCAGCGUCAUUGUUCUCUUUGCUCCAAAGAUGACAAAUCUUACCAUUGAUAGCAAUCCAAAGAACACCACAGUACUUUUGAACAGCAACUUGACACUUCUCUGUGUCACAACUGCCAACCCUCCUGCUUUGUAUCACUUGUAUUUUAACAAGAGUUAUAUUGGUAACAGCAGCUCUGGAGAGUUUGACAUUACUGUAGAAGGUGAUGGAGUGUACAUUUGUGUUCCAGUAAACACAGUGGGCACAGGAAACAAUGUUACUCUCAACAUUAGUGCUGUUGUUUCUCCAUCAGUAGAAAUAUCAUACAAAACAGCCACUGCAGUGGAGGGAGACAAACUGAAUUUUACAUGUACUGCAUCUGGCAAACCUGAGCCUAAGAUAGCAUGGACCAAGGUUGGCAGUGCUGAGGUGAUAGCUCAUACACCAUCAGUUUCAGUUAUUGUGGACAGACCUGAGACACGAGAUAACAUAAACCAGUAUCAAUGUACAACCAGUAAUGGAGUGGGUGUACCUGCUACAGCCACAGUCAAUGUCACUGUCUACUAUAAACCAGUAAGGAACGGUCCCACAGAAGUUAUUGCGGUUAAAAACGAACCAUUUCAUCUUGUAUGCCCUAUGACGGGAAACCCUUUACCUGAGUACAAUUGGGUCAGUGACGACGGCAGAACAAAAACGGGGAAAACGUGGUUGUUUCAAAGAAUGGAAAGUCGUGAUAGUGGAUCAUAUACUUGUUUGGCCACAAAUAAUGUGGCGAAUGGGACUGUGACGGUUUCCGUACAAGUUGUUUCAGUGGAGAAGACUCAUCAUAUGCAGGCUUCCAUAAAUAAAAAUGAAAACGAUGCCUCAAAGAGGAACAGUACCUGCAAGACUUUUUCUGAAGUCGCUUGCAGCGUCCUUCCAAACUGUGUGGAUAACGAAGUUAUAGAUUGUGGGCCCGGCAGUAUAGUCGUAGAAUUUCUGUUGAAAUUCAGCACAGAUGUUACGGUUAACCAAGUGAUAUCUAAUCUGACAAAAGCCGUAGAUCAAGGCAAGUUUGGAAGUUUGCCAGUUGAUACAAGUUCCUUAAGAUCACUUUCUCCAUCAUCUUCAACAACAGCAACUGAGCCAACAAGUACGAUGGUCACAGCCACAAAAGUUCCAGAAUGCGAGGAAGCCAUUUUCAAAAAGAAAAACUGUGAAACAAAAUGGGUCAAUGUUUCCGUUAUAAUUGUUGUGUCAGUGGUCGUUGUUGUGGUGGUUGUCGUCAUCACAUGUUGCUUACACAAGAAAAGGAAAUGUAGAAAACACACGAAAGUCAAAAGCUCUGACGUGCAACUGCUUUCCAGUAAUCACAGUACCCUAUCAGACAGUAAUCCAUUUGCAAAAGAUAACUGUGGUUAUCACAAGUCAGGACCUCAAGCCACAAUGGAAAUUGAAAAUAAACAAUCGGUGGAAGCAAUGGGUGGUGAACCAAUACCUGCAAUUGCUAUGGUAGACAAAUCCAAGAAGAAAGACAAAAAGAAAAAUAAGGAAGCUGCUGAGCAAAAGCUGAGUGAAGAUAAGGACGCUGUCGUGGAUAAGUCAGAGAAGAAAAAGAAGAAGAACGAACAAGACAACACUUACGCUGAAGUCGACAUGUCAAGGAUAUCAAAAAAGAAACAGAAGCCCGGUGAAGUUCUUUAUGCUGAUUUGGAUGAAUUCCAACAGAUGCAGAAAAUGCCUAAAGGAUCCACCUCCCCCGAACCCCUGCCUCCGAUCAAACGGCCGGAGGCUUAUGAUGAAACGCAGUAUGCUGACAUCACCCAGUUUCUGAAGGGAAACCCUGACACAGGCGCUGAGCUUCCUAAAGACGAUACCACCCCAGCUGUCAGUAAUACUGUUACCGGCCGCAAGGAGGAAUCCUCAGUCAGAAACACAGGUGACCGUUCAGAGGCAACUAACGAGACAGGAUUUUAGUUUUAACUGAGUUUUUAAAGUUAGAAGAGCUGCAGUUGUUUCUAAGGGUGAUGGUAAUCGUAGCCUUGUGGUGAAUUCUCAUGUUUCUCAGUUAUUUUCUCUCAGGCACAAAAAUGUGAUAUUUGGAUCUCUUUUUUGUUUUUGUUUUUUCCUUUUACUUUUGUAGUCUUCCCGUGUAGUUUUUGGUUUUGGUUAGUCAUUUACUUAACAAUAUAUAUUUUUCUAAUUUAAGAUGUUAACGUCAAUUUUUUUUGCAUAUAAUCUUUUUCGUAACAUAGUUUACACAAAAGGGAGAUGACGAGAUAUACUGAAGAGGUAGCUUUGUUCAAAAAUAACCUUCUCGGGUAGCAAAACUUGCAGCUCGAUUGCAGAUGCUUUUCCUUUAAUUCUCGUAAGUAUAAAAUCCUCAAGCAAUUUACUUCAUAGUUAUUGUAAUGUUACUUUUGGUUUGGAAAAGUACUAUAGCGUACAUACGUAGUCGAAAAUUGAAAGGUAAAGAUGAGGUUUUUGACAUGGCGCACGCCCGUAUGUUCAGAAUUUUUUUAAGAAGUAGACAGUCUUUGGUAACGUCAAUCAUCAUAACGAUUGAAAAUUAGAUUAGCCCAGCCUGCUGUAUUUGAUUGGAGGCAAAACCUCUUAGAAUUUAGAUAUCAGUAAUUUAGUUAUUUUUAACAGUCUGGAAACCAAACCAUCUUAACUCGGCUACCCAGCCCACGAGCACUGAGGACAUAGGUGUUUCCUUCGUGAUGUCACGUUCUUUUGUGCCCUACUUGUUACCAGAUUUAUAGUGGUAAUAAAAGUUUCAGCCAUAACCAUUUAAACAACAACAAAAAACACCAAGAACAAUGUUGGCGCAGGUAGCAAAAAGAUAAGGCACUAUACUAAACAAGAGGGAACUUGUUUGCCAUGCCUCGGCACACCUUCAAGAUACCGUGGGGUGUUUGAUUUUAAGUAACUUUGGUCCUGUAACCAAGCUGUGCACCAUAGUAAUGUGCAGAUAACGUCACAAUAUCAUAUUUGGUGCAAGGUGAAAAUGAUCUUAUGGCCCGAUUUGUUGAUUUUCGAUUAAAUUUGCAUUUUUUGCAUUAUUUCAUUUCAUAUUCCUUUAGCUUUCAGUUUCUUUGUUAGUUUUUUCUUUUGUUUCUUUUGGUAAUAUGAAAUAUAGAUGGAAAGUCAAUAUUUUUUCUAGUAUCCUCUUUGCGAAAAUUCGUUCAAGAAGAGGUUUAAUUUGGUUAUUUCUAACACUUCGUUUCGCAACAUUAACAAAUUUUGAGGGAACUUAUCAACCUUGAGUUCUUUUUUGUUUUGUUUGUUUUACUCUCCGCCAUCGCCCUGAUCUUCCAUGUGGUUGUUGUAGGACAGUUCACAUAUUUUGGCAUCUACUUCCCUGGGCUGAAAUGUGUGGCACCAAAUUUUUUUGAUCACAGCAAAGCUGUAAAUGCGUGUGUGUUUUGUCUAUUACCGAAAAAAAGUAGCAGACGUGAAACGUUAAUAAUAGCUAUAGUUGUGUGUUUUCGUUUUUUCUUUUUUUUUUUUUUUUGUAUGAAAAAAGAUAAGUUGGUUUCCUGGUUAAAAUAGUUGGUUAAGUAGUUCUAGUAUGGCAUGGUCUUCAUUGUCUCUUCGGGAUCAAAAGAGUGGCCAAUGCCUUUUUGUAUGGUUUUUGUUUUCACUUUGAUAAUUAGUCAGAAAGGUUAAAAAGUUAUUGAGGUUUUUUUAUGCACUGCAAUGCAGUGAGUGAUUAUUUCACCUUAUGUCAAAUUUAACAUGUAAUUUAGUAAUUGCUAUUGACGAUAAGUGGAUAUGUGUGGCAGACACUGAGGAAAGACCUCUUGAUUAAGGACUAAAAAGUCACUUGUUACUUUGUCAGUGUGCAAAUACGGGUGUCUAGUAAUCACCAGCUAAACAAACGCAUGGAUGGCGCAGUCAACCAAUCAAAACAGAGGUUUAGUCUACUUUGGACAUAUACCUCAAGCCUCCAUGAAAAUUCACGAAUGCUUCGUUUUGGUUUCAUUACGAAAACUACUUGGUUGUUUUGCUGGGUAAAGCUGGCUGCCACACUGUCCAGUUUCGUUUUAUUUAUUUUAACUAGCAUAAAGCUUUUUCGUAGUCUGAACGACUGAAUGAUACAAUGCUUACUGAUUCUUAAUGAAAACCAUACAGCACGUGUUAAAUGUGUGGUCUAGUUAACGAGUGUUGAUUCUUAUAUUAUGAUUCUUGCCUUUUGGAGAAGCCGAGAGAGCUUAAAUGUGUGGUAUGUGCCUACAGGACAGACACCGUUCAAAACACUGUUUUGGCAAUGGAUAGUUACUUUUCUUAAACUAUCAGGGUUUUCCAAUGGCGAAAACCUGUAGACGUAAUCCAUCGGAAGUACUAAUACGAACGCACCUGUAGAUUGUUUUGGAAUACUUAUAUUUACAAGUAAACAGUGGUCAGUUUGAAGCAGAUGGGUUGUUUUCAAUCUCUCUAUGCCGCUUGUACCGCACAUUUAUUUUUUCGUUGGUGACUCUUUGACACUUUUUACUAUAUCAUGAUAUGUAACCAACUGUAUGCUCAUUAAACGCUGAUAAAUCUCA